AUGGAUAACCCCACCCCGCAACCGAACCCAAACCCAAAUCCAACCGCAGACCCAGAAAACCCAACAGCCGACCAACAACAAAAAGAAGCUCUGGCAGCCUUUACCGCAACACUCCACUCAGUCGGAACAAACCUCGAAGCGCCACUCCGCGACCGCGCAGCAAAUGUCCAAUCGAACGCGGUGGUUCUGGAAAGACAAGAAGCCGAGCUAGCAGAGAAUACGCAGCGACUAGCGCGGCAGAAUCAGCAGUGGAUUGGAUUCGCGGAUGAGACGCGCGACGGGUUAAAGGAGAUCGGGGAUGUGCAGAACUGGGCAGAGAUGAUUGAGCGUGAUUUGCUAGCCUUGGAGGAUAUGAUGGAUGUUGUUGAGAGCGGCCAUGGGGAACAUGGGAGUGAGGAUGGCGAUGACCGGGGGGAUAGUGAUACGGAACUGGAUGACAACGCAAGUGAACAGAAUGGGAAUGUUGAUAUUGAUGCUAAUGGGAAGAACGUGGAUCGACGACCGAAAGGAUGGUUGCGAUGGUGGUGA